AUGGAUACCUUCCAAACAGCUCAAGACAAUCCGUCUGAAACACUUCAAACCCUCCUCACGUAUGAGAAAAGGCCUGGUCAAGCACAAAGAUUUCUCGGUACAGUUCCUCGCGUGGGCAAGAACUUCAGGUGGCCCUCCUCAAUGCCAGAAUACCUCAGAAGAAGUGCCUUCGAGAACAUCGCUGAUGUUGAUUUCGAAUUCGAUGAUGAGGUCGGAUUUAACCUCUUAUUUUUCUACAACGCACUCGACAGUGGCGAAUUUUCUGAACAUGAAAACGAGUGGGUGACGGUAUAUAAACAGAGGGUAAUAGAGUAUGGACAAAAGUAUGAUGAUGAUAAAUUGAACUGCAUCCUCGAAACCAUGCCCGGUGCUGUCCAAAUCCCGGUUGAUCAGAAACGUCUGCCACGUAAUCCACCAGCAAAGAUGGUCAGCGUUCGUGUCAAAAGACCCCGGGAAGGUUUGAUUGCUCUACUUGAGUACGAUUUUUAUGACAUCCAAAAUGACAAGAAGUAUACGUGCGUGGUUGAUACAGGUGCGCCACAAACAAUCUUACCAUUUUAUAUUAAGAGAACGCUUGGGAGAACAGGCUGGAGCACGCUUGAUGCAAGAGCUGGGGGUUACGGGGCGCCUGCAAGACAAUUCUGUGCAUCUCGGAUGUUUGAAAUAUCUAUUGGUGAUAAUGAUAAUUGGUCAAAAUGGGUUCAAGCCAAAAUUGUAGUCUGGGAAAAAGAUCCCGGCAAUCAAGUGGAAUAUGCCCUUGUUGGUAACGAUGUUACUGACCAACUAGCUUAUGCACAUGAACCGAGAAAAUCAAUCAAGUUUUUAGAUCCUCAAGAUGAACCCAAUCUCAUCCAGUUUUUGAUGGGAUGUGCUUGA